GCUGGGGGGUUUCGUUCUCGUGGUCCAUCCUAAUCCCUGCCGGUCAGCCUGUGGCCUGCCAGGUUUCGCUUGUGGACCAGAGCACUCGAGAAGCCUCACCCAGAGAAGUGAGCAGGCUUCAGUGGGCUUGUGCCGGGGAUGCUUCUAGACAUUCUGCGUGGGAGGGCAGCAGAGGGUGCUGGUGCUAUCACCGGGCCGGCUGCCCACCCCACCUGCAGGGUUCGGAACUGGGUAUUAUUUCCAUCUUUAAAUACAUUUUUUAAUGUUUGCUUACUUUUUAAGAGAACAUGUGCGUGAGAGGGAGAGGGAGACAGAGGAUCUGUGCGCUGUCGGCACAGAGCCCGAUGUGUCACGAACUGUAAAAUCGUGACCUGAGCCGAAGCCGGAUUAGCCGACUAAGCCACCCAGACAGCCCUGGAAUUGGGGUUUUGUGAACAGAUCUCACCAUGUGUUCUCGGGGGGUUGGGAGCACCGACUGGGUGUGGGAGAGACCACAGGUCCCUGCCCCUCUUGGCCGGACAGAUGGUUUUCUGGUGGACGAGGCUGCAGAUGGUGGAAUUGUUUGGAAGUGGUGCUGUUGGGACGGUGGUUCUAUCCCUGUGUGUGUACCUCAUGGGGCACAGCCAGCUCGGCAAACAGCUGGGGAUGAGGAUCUGGACCCAGGUAUUGGCAAGCUGGCCAGUGUGCCUGCUGGUGGGGCGGUGGCCGUCUCUGCUGCCCCAGGAUCUGCAGCUCCCGCUGCUGGUUCCACCCCAGCUGCAGAGGAGAAGAAAGACGAAAAGAAGGAAGAAUCAGAGGAGUCGGAUGAUGACAUGGGAUUUGGCUUGUUUGAUUAGAGUCCUGCUCUCCUGCAAAUAAAACCCUUUUUACGUA